CGCCCUCGCCAUGGUGAAGCUGCUCCCCGCCCAGGAGGCGGCCAAGAUCUACCACACCAACUACGUGCGCAACGCCAGGGCGAUUGGCGUGAUGUGGGGCACGCUGACCAUCUGCUUCUCCGUGCUGGUCAUGGCCCUCUUCAUCCAGCCCUACUGGAUCGGGGACAGCGUCAACACCCCGCAGGCGGGCUACUUCGGCCUCUUCUCCUACUGCGUGGGCAACGUGCUGUCCUCCGAGCUCAUCUGCAAGGGCGGCCCUCUGGACUUCUCCUCCAUCCCCUCCAGAGCCUUCAAGACUGCCAUGUUCUUCGUGGCCUUGGCCAUGUUCCUCAUCAUUGGCUCCAUCAUCUGCUUCAGCCUGUUCUUCGUCUGCAACACGGCCACAGUCUACAAGAUCUGCGCAUGGAUGCAGCUGGCUGCGGCCACAGGCCUGAUGAUUGGCUGCCUGGUCUACCCAGACGGCUGGGACUCCAGUGAGGUGCGGCGCAUGUGCGGGGAGCAGACGGGCAAGUACACGCUGGGCCACUGCACCAUCCGCUGGGCCUUCAUGCUGGCCAUCCUCAGCAUCGGAGAUGCCCUCAUCCUGUCCUUCCUGGCCUUCGUGCUGGGCUACCGGCAGGACAAGCUGCUCCCGGACGACUACAAGGCCGAUGGACAAGAGGAAGUCUGAAGCAGCUGAAGGGCGAUCACAGGUCAUCUAUUUCCGUGACACUGGAAACUUCCGGAGUAGAAUUCUUCAGAGAUGAACUUGUUCCUGCCCGCAUCCUGUCCGAAGCCCUUUGCUGCAGGAUUAGAACCUGGCGGGCUCCUGAAACAGGCUGCCCACUGUCUACAGAACUUUCCAGAGAAGAACUGCAGUAAGCACACCAACGAUAUUCAGACUCAAUCCCUCUCUCCUGAUGGGGGCCCCCAAGUUCUCUUUCGAUCCCUUCAUACCUGCAAAUUAUUCUCCCUCUUGACACCUCUCUGUGAAAGGAGAGGGCGAAUGAGUCCGUGCCCAGGCGCCUCCAGGGAAGGCACGCGGGACACUGCCCCAGCUCUAGCUCUCAAGGGCGUCUGAACUCGAGGCGGCUAAGUGAGCUGGAUCACCUCAGGCUGAAGUUUUGAGGGGCCUUUGCGUCUCCUUUCUCACAUUUUGUUCCUUAUUGAUGCUCAAGAGGUGGGUGAGGAAGAGGCCUUCGGAACCUGAGGCCAUUAGGAAGCCUAAUAAAGACUGGGUGAACAUAGGACCUAAAAACUUGAGACUGAAUUGAUUUUUUUCCUGUGGGACCCCCAAAUCACACUUUUCACAGAGCCCACACUGACCCAAUCAGAACUGGAUCCCAGACUCAUAAAUCUACUUGUGUUCAAGUAAUUGGUUAUAAUAACCAAUGAUACAUCUUAUAAAACACUUUGGGUUUGGCACACUAAAUGGUGAAAGCUUUGCAGGCCCCAGAGGGGCACUCAGUCUGGAUGGCACUCACUGGAGCAGUGCCAACACAAUGAUAGGCUCUUCAGGCUGCUUCCUGCCUGGGGGAUGAUUCGGAGAAACAGGGUCUUGCUGAUUAUCCCCGGUGAAUGAGGAAGAGGUGUUUCCUGCGUGGGCGCCGUUCCCCCACAGGCGCGGUAAAUGCUGACCAGGCUGUUGGGGACCUUGUCCUAGCUCAGUCCAGCAGCAGUCAGGCAUCGUUCUCCUGGGCUGUAGCGCAUGACAUUUUCACCAAUGCACUCCGACCACCUGCCCAGUCAGGGCAGCGACCUUUCUCCAGUGCGGACUGGUGAGGGGUGAGAGCCUCCCAGUACUGUCCCUAUUGUUGCUGAUGAAAAAUUUUAUUAAAAAAAUAUUUUUAUUGAUUUCAGAGAGGGAGAGGGAGAGAGAGAUUAACAU